UAAAUAAUAUUAAAAUAUCAUUAUUAUUAAUACAUCAAAAAUGACCCAGUUCAUAAAAACAAAAAUUUAAACAUUGCAACAUACUUCAAAUAAUUUGGAAAAUUUCCUUAAAUAGAAUAUUCGUUGCAUUUUCUCGACUACAUUACUACAGUGUUUUGGCGAUGUCUUCUCCUGAUAGUCAGGAUAUUUCCGCCUCAGAUGCCCGCGCAUCUGAGGAAUCUCUUUCUUCCUCUUCAUCGACCGGGUCACCCUCACCAGCUCUUGGUCCCCGAUCGAUUCCCAACCCCAAUGUUCCGGACCCGCGGCCAGUAAAUCAGAUGCCCGGUCAGAUCUUUCAAGAGGGGGGUGAACCGGUCGAAGACGAGCCGGCCCCCUAUGACCCUGAUAACGAAUCAUAUGAGGCAUGGGUGGACCGGUUGGAAACGACCGGUUAUUUUCCUCUUCCUACCAGUUACCCUUCAGACAUCUACCCCCAUGUUUCCAAGAUCGCCCAGAAUAAGGCCCGAAGGAACCUCCCGGAGGGGUAUGUCCUUGAAUACGACCCCAACUGGCCCAACAUCAUCGAGCCUCACCGGGAUGAUAGGGUAGGGUUCCAUAUCAUUUCCCUGGAGAGUGGCACUGUCUUCCCCCUUCGCCCCCUCCUGGUCGAGUUGUGCCACUGUUUCAAGAUCCUCCCCGGGCAAAUUACGCCCAAUGCCCACCGUUUCCUUAAUGCCUUUAUAAAUAUCUGCACCCAUCUCAAAAUUGACCCUUCCCUUCGUUUUUUCCUCUACUUGUUUGAAGUUCUUCCCGAUAAGUCGGGUUGCGACGACUAUGUCUAUUUCAAAGGCCGUAACGGUCGCCAAUUCAUUUCUGACCUUCCACAAAGCAACCGGCAGUGGAAGGAAAAAUUCGUUUUCAUAAAAUUUCCUACGGUUUCUCCUUUGGCCGGCAUACCAUGGAAUGACCACAUCCUGAAGCCGCAAUUUACCGAGCCGGCCACCGCCCCAGACUUGGAAGAGAGUUUAGAGAAGCUUCUCCGAGGGGACCCGUUCACCGGGCAAAUGUUUCAUUACGGGGCUUGGAUCUGGCGGAUCCAACCGGGUGGCCAGGGUACCCCUAUGGCUCAUGAAGCAGCGGGCACGGGGUACCCGCCCCGGGCAACACUGCAGAGGCCGGGGGCCCCAGCCACCCUGGUAUCUUUCCUUCCUCUUUCUUCUUGCUUUUGUUAUACCGGUCGAAGUUCAAACAUUUAUGUUUUUGCUUGUUUUGCAGACAUGAAUUUCAGGGCGUUCAACAUGCCGAAGACAACCGGUGGUUCUUCUUCCUCUGCCCCCAAAACUGUCCCGGUCCAGAAAGAGACAAUUGAAGUUCAUUCCGAGGAGGAAGCCCCUUUGACCGGGGGAUCUGCCCAGACUGGCAAGGCACCGGUGAAUCCCUCCCCCAACAAGGGAAAAGGGAAAAAGAGAGUGAAGCAUGCGGCCACCACCCAUCCAUCGGUCAAGAAGAGAAGGGGAGAAAACCCCCCGGCGGAAGAGUCGCUGGAAGAGCUCUGGGUCAAAUUGACCCUUAAAUUGAAAGAGGUAACACUUAUCCGGUAUGCUCUCUUGAAUUUGUCACUCGAUCAUUGUACUAACCGGUACACUUUCCAAUAUGUAGAUGGGCGAAGUUAGGCCCGACACCCUGGAGCAACUCACCGAAGAUUCCUCCUCCCGGCUGGCUCAGCUGGAAGAGAAGUUGAAGCGAUCUGAGGCCCAUAACCGGGAGCUUAAGGAACU